CCAAAAAUCUUUCUCGCGUUUUCCUCUGCGUAACACAAAACAUGGCCUCGAUUUUACGAUCCAGCAAAUUUGUGCGAUAUUUCGCGGGUUUCGCUCGGAAUGUUGUAUUUGGCACGGUCCGAGAGACGGAGGGAAGCCUACUGCAGCAUUCGCAAUGUUUGUGUGGUAAUUCAGUAAGUGGAUUCGCCUCGACUGCGGCUAACUCGAGUCAGGGCCUUGACAAGUCCCUGAAGCGGAUCGACGAAGAUGUCCGCCGAUCGGGCCGAAUCUCGAGGCGUGAUUUGGAGGAUGUGCUGGAGGAGAUCCGAAUGAAUCGUUCGGCAACCAGUGCACAAUCUCUGCUGGUCAUUCGGUGCUGUGGUAACCUUGUACCAGAGGAAUUGCCAGAGGUAAGAACUGCCCUGGUGCAGGAAAUCUGGAAAACGCUCAACAACUUGAACGUGGCAAUGGAUGUGUCCCAUUUCAAUGCCCUACUCAGAGUGUAUCUGGACAAUGAGCAUCCGUUUUCUCCGACGGAGUUUCUGGCCGAUCUGGCGGCAAAAGGCAUUGAACCGAAUCGUGUCACCUAUCAGCGCUUGAUAUCGCGUUACUGUCAGGAAGGGGAUAUUGAAGGAGCCACCAAAAUUCUUGAAUACAUGCGCGAGAAGCAACUGCCGGUCAACGAGUACGUGUUCAAUGCACUGAUCAUGGGUCACUCGCAGGCAGACGAUCUUGAAUCGGCUACAGGUAUUCUUGCUGUAAUGGCCCAAGCCGGUUUGCAACCAUCGGCAGAUAGCUACACGACCUUACUUUGCGGUUACGCUCGAAAGGGUGAUGUGGACUACAUUAUUAAAACUUUGGAGACCUGCGAACAGAAGGAAAUCUAUUUGCUGGACAAAGACCUACUGGAGAUCGUUUAUUCGCUUGCCACCAAUGGUUAUGGGGAAAACGUUGAUCCAUUGAUGGCAAAAAUCCGGAAGCAAGCUGGCUUCAAUCAAGACGCGGUCAAUGUUAUUCUGAGAUUGAUUAACCGGGGCCAGGAAAAUACUGCCAUGAAAGUUCUUAAGAAAAUGCCACGAGCUACCAGAAACGAUGGCGAAUUGGCUAACACCGGAGGAUUUCUUGUCAAGCAGUUGGUCAAAGCGAAAAGACCUGUGGCUAGUAUUCUGGCUAUUUGUGAGGAACUUCAGAGUUCUGGCUUGAACGUGAAUGCUUAUUUCAUUGCCUUGGAGACUGCGUUGAAAAAUGGUAUAGUUGAUUCUGCGUAUGCACUGCUGAAGGCCAUAAAUGAACAAAACCAACCAAUUAGACAGCACUAUUUUUGGCCAUUGCUGUGUGCAAGCGAUCAGCCACGUCCAGAAGGAAUUUUGAACAUUCUGAAAAUGAUGAUAAACGAUUUUCAUUUGCAGCCAAGCAGUGAAACAGUUCGUGAAUAUGCUAUUCCGCAUAUGGGGAUGAAGAGCCACGAAGAAGUGAUCCAGUUGCUUCGAACUGUAGGCAUUUCGCCAGCAGUGGCAAGUUCUGGAUGCGUUUAUGCUGCAUUGGAGAACAACAAUAUCAAAGACGCUGCUAGCAUCGCUUCUCGAUACAAGGCUUAUUAUUCUCCGGGAAUUUACCGCAAACCGCUCGUGAUGGCAUUGCUGCAUUCGAAAGAUUUCAGCUCAUAUAUUCACUUCUCACGUCACAUGUACGAUAACCUUCUGAGGACAAAUGCAAAGGAAGAAGUUAAUGAACAAACGGAAGAAAAUGAAUCCAACACAACCACUGCCCAGGCAGACGUUUUAGGCUCGAUGAUUUACGAUGUGGCUGUCGCCUUUAAAACUGAUCGAGUAGAAGCGUUAAAGAGGGUUCUAUCCGGUUUCGUAAACCAAGGUCUUUCCAUUAGCAGUUAUCAAGCAGAAAAGAUCCAGGACAAAUUGGGUGCUGAAAUGACGACCGAACUUUCAACACUGCUGAGCAAGCUGGCUGCCGGUGAUUUGGAACCUAUCCAGUUAGAGAACGUGAGGUCGAAAACACCCGUGUCUAGCCUUUCAAUCCCACAUUUGGAACGCAUAAUAACUGAUCUACAAGCUCGUGGAGAAAACGUCAAUUCCUUAAAGAACCAACUUAUUCGUAGUGUGAUUCGUUCGAAUGACGUUGCAAAAACUGAAGAAGUUCUGGCGCGCUUGGAGGAGGAAAACUACGUCAUUCCACCUGGUGUGUAUGCUCAGGUAAUCGAGCUGUAUGCCAGUAGCGGUAAGGCGGAAGAAGCCUUUGCUCUCCUGAACAAGGUUAAGACGAAGUUGCCGGACUUUGAGCUGGACGAUACGAAAAUCAUUCGACUCGCUCAGUCGCUGCUCAGCCAGGACCGUUUCGAUGAUGCGCUGCAAUUCAUCAGAUCCAAUAAGGCAACGACCGAUCGGUCCGAAAAGGACAUUGAUUUUACUUACAACAGUGCUUGCUGGCGAUUGCUCCACACGUUGGCCGACCAGGGAAAGAGUGAAGAGUUGAAUAAGUUGUUCAACCAGCUCAUUGACAAUGGAUACAUUACGCCGCAGAACAUCUUUUUGGGAGCAUUGAUCAAGGUUCACAUCGUGAAAGGUGAUCUGAGCACGGCCAUUGCGGUCUUUGAAGAAAUUUGCCAAAAGUAUCGCACAACCCCAUGGAAAACAGAACUGACCUGUCGGCUGAUCCAAGCGGAGGAUGCUACCAAUUUGCAGCGCGUGACCGAUCUCAGCACCGACGUCCACGGAGAAGUAAACAGCUUGUACGAUUUGGUGUUUGCCUUCGUUGAUUGCGGAAGAAUUCGCCAAGCUCGGAAAAUUCUCGAAACUCCCGGGCUGCGCACUCGCGGCCAGCGCAUUGAGAGUGCAUGCGAACGGUACCACGUUGAAGGUAAGACUCACAGCUUGGAAGGCUUGAUGGAGGCUACCAAGGAUCUGAACCAUAUCGACCGGUCUACCAUUUAUCAGAAGUUGUUGAAAAGCUACAUCACCGAAAAGCAACCGGAGAAGGCACUUGGUUUGUGGACAAAAAUGCAAGAAGAAGAUCAAACACCGAGCGAUGAAUUUUUGAUUGAACUUUCCGACUUUCUCAAAGCUAAUGGGUAUGAAAUUCCGUUUGUGACGCCAACAGUUGCGCCGCCACCCAAAGUUUUGGAAAAGACCAGACAGGCAACUAGAAAAACGGAUGAUGCAAACAAGCUCUCAUCAACUCUGAAACCAUUCAAAGCAGCAGUCAAAGGCGGUGAUGCGGAUCGGAUACUGGCAACCUGGGACACUCUGGCUGUAAAUGACAAACUUAAUAUUACUGAACAGUCCAUAGUUAUCGAAGCACUGAUUAAUCGGGCCCGAUUGAACGAAGCUUCUAAGUGUGUGAUUGCUAUGCUUGAACAAAAUGUUCAUCCAAUUCCAAGAAUUUUCAAAUACUUCCUCAAUAAGCUGGCCAUAUCUGGUGAUUUGGACACCUUCGAACGCAUUGGCGGUAUGAUCUCAGACAAUGUGAAACGACUGAUCUCUUUUGACAAUCGCUAUUGCCACGCCCAAAUUGCUAGCGGCAACAUUGAGCAAUACAUGAAGAAGUUAGAAGCUACAGCAGAAGCACUAAAGACCAAGGAGGAAGCUGAAGUCGCAGUUAAAAGCUUCCCAAUCGGUGGAGCUUCAGGAAUUCUGACGGAACAUCCGGAGUUGCUAGACCGCUACAAGUCUGUUGCUGAAAAGUACAACCAAUUCGGUCUUAUUGCUCCAAUGAACGCACUUUGGUCGUACCACUUCAUGAUGAAUAAUCAAACAGAAGCCCAGCAGAUCUGGGAUCAGUACUUAGUCAACACCCCACGAGUCAUGUUCCAGAAAAUCAUCCAACAGGCCAGAGAUACGAAUGACGAUGUUUUGGUUUGCCGGCUGAUUGAGCAGCUAAAGAAUUCGAAAAUUUCCGAAAACGGCUUAGGGAUUCUCUACAGUUGUUUGAUCGAUGCACAUGUUAACAAGGGCCAAUUCGCCCAGGGUUUGGAUGCAGUCAAAGAGGGUCUUAAAGUUAUCUGCUUAGAGCACUUCAAUCGAUCCGCUUUGAGAAGACUUAAGGAUGGUCUACUGGCAGCUGGACAAGAUUUCCCCUACAAAAUUCCGGACCGAAAUGUCAAUAAGGCACACGACACAUCAAGCAGCAGCAGCGGUAGCAGUAGCAGCAGUGAUGACGAAGUUGUCCGAAAAAAGAAUUAAAACCAAGUGAGUAAGCAUUUCUGUUGUCAGAAGAAUCUGCUGCACCAAAUAACUGUUGUAUUGAAAUAGUUUACUAUGAAUUACCACCCAAGUUAGUUAUAAAUAGAUGUAAUAUCCCGUAACAUAA